GGGCCCUGCGUCGCAAACGUACGAACUCCAUGCGGUGACUUUGCACCACGGCCCCCCGCGAGCCCAAGAAUUCUGGCCAUUACACCGCCGAGGUGAACGGCGGCACUCAGGGCCAGCAGGACGGGCAGCCGACGACGCGCGUGCGCACAAAGGUCCCACCCAGCUCAGCCAGUAUUUGCGGGCCCUGCGGUAUCGCGACGGGGCCCGGCGCGCGACGGCGCCGCGGCGUUGCGCCGGACCUCCGGGGGUGGCGGCCCCCCGCUGUUGGUCGGGUCCGAACGAAGGUGCGCGCGCAGCAGCAGCAAGGCCCUUGCGGAGGCCCAGGCGAGCCGGUGCGUGGCUUGGUCGGCGCCCCGGAUGAGAAUUGCCGACCCUAGGCAGGACAGCCAGGCCAGGGCGCUUAUUUUGGGUGACCAAGUGCGGCGCCCGGCCGGACGCUCCGGCCCUCAACGGCCCCCGCCCGGCAUUUUUGUCCAUGGCGCGGCGGGGCGAAGGCGCGCCGCCGUGGCCUCUUCACAGUGUGUUACUUAAUUUUUUGACCGCCGUCAGGAAGGGCGGCGAAAGCGGGCGGUUGCGAGGCGCCAUGGCUCAUUGGCAUACGAACUCUGUGACCGCACUGCGCGACG